ACUGAUCAGAUGUAUGUAUGGAUGGAUGGAUGUGAGGAGGAUGUUACAUCACUUGCAGUGCAGCCAGACGCCAGCAGCAGCAUCCAGCUCGGAGGUAACGCGGCGCGCAGAGCCAGCUGGCCAUAUUGUGCACCAGCUCUCCGCAAAUCGGCUGCGUCACACCUAGAGACACAUACAGGAGCGCUGGAGCAAUAAAGUCACCACAUCAGGAGAAUUACGCUGUGUGAAAAGGUUACGCUGAGCUGGGGAAAAAUGGUUAAACUUGGGAACAAUUUCAGCGAGAAAAAUAACGGGAAGGCGGUUUCUGAAGACGGAUUUGACACCAUCCCUCUCAUAACACCAUUAGAUGCCAGUCAGCUGCAGUUUCCUCCACCGGAUAAGGUGGUGGUGAAGACAAAGGCAGACUACGAUGGUGAGAGCAAGAAGGGAAAGCUACGAUCUCCUAAAAUCGCAGAGUUCUCAAUAAGCAUCAUUGAAGGCGUAUCUGAGCGACUCAAAGUGACUUUGCUGGUGAUCUGUGCCCUGGCCUUCCUGGUGUGUGUGGUGUUCCUGGUUGUCUACAAGGUCUAUCAGUAUGAGCAGCCUUGCCCCGACAGCUUUGUUUACACGCAAGGUCGCUGCAUGCCAGCUGGGAUGUAUGGCAACUACCCCCCUCAGGGCCCUGGGGGCCGCGGGCGCCUCUUCACCCUCAUCAACCACUACAACAUAGCCAAGCAGACCAUCACUCGGUCAGUAUCACCAUGGAUGACCAUCAUGUCUGAGGAGAAGGUCACUCAGCAGGAGACAGAGACUGCCCAGAAACUGGCUUAACCAACCUGAGAUCAGGAGGUGGCCUCACCUGCUGCGGGAAAAAAAAUAAAUAAAUAAUAUGGUUGUGCCAUUCAAGCAAACCUCAGAGUCCCAUGGCUUUCUGUGGGUGAGAAAUUAACUUGUCUUGCCUGAGGUGCUCUGCAGCCUUGUAGACGUAGUUUGGUCAGCUGAUGUGUGCUGUAGCGGGACGUCUGUGGAUUUUUUUUGUUUUGUUUUUGUUUUAAAAAAAACAGUGUUUUCAACAAAACAAGUCUUAUAUUCGGGUGGAUUCACGGUUUGUUUGAAUAGCAUAUGUUAUUAUUUAUUUGACACUUCAAAACAGUGGCAAACGUGUAAAAAAUAAAAUAAAAUGAAAUAAAGCCACAGGAAUACAAACACAGACACACACUCACCGUCUUUGUACAUACACAUAUGUAACAGAACUCACUUAAGUACAUUGUGACAUGACUGUGAACCAUCUCGUGUCUGCGUCGCCCGUUUCAACGCGGAUGCACGCGCGACUCUGACAACAGUUUGCUUUGAACUCUCCUUCCUUUCAAAUACAUUAAAUACCGAUGGCGCAUGUCAGAUCUUGUGAGGUCCAGAAAGUGGUGAAUUUCUUAUGAAAGUGACAAAGUUUGAAGCAUAAUUGCAACUGAGGUCAUCUGUGUCAAAGUAUUUUACUGUCAUGAUAUUGUGAAUAAAUGGGGCUUGAAGUGAAGGAAACCUUUUAACCAGCAGGAAAAAAAAAACAAAACUAUUUUAAUGGUGUUGUUUUCACACAGCCCAUACUGCUCUCUGCAUAUAGUGCUGUUAAGGAGUUUUUAGUAUUUGAUGCAUCAGAU